ACAAUAGGCAAGAGUUUGUUUCUUCAAUAAUUAUUGAAUUAGUUCGUUUGUGGCCUACAAUUCAGAUUAUUCAUGGAAGGCCACGUCAUUCUGCUAGCCAAGAAAAUUUUCAAGAAUCAAUUUAUGACUUAGAUGACUUGAUUUAUGAUUCUUUACCUGUGGUCGAGUCUUCAGUAGAUUUGAUUCAAGAUACUAUACUCAUAGUAGAAUCUUCAAGUCAAAAUUCAAGUUUGGAUCCAAAUUUGGAUAAUUUAAUUGAUAAUCAUAAUAAUAUGCCUAUCGAUUCUUCAUCCCAACACUCUACAUCUCAACCAUUACAAGAUUUAACAAACCAACCAUUAACAGGACAUCAGGAAUUACGAAGAUCUGCACAGCAAAAUUUAGAAGUUUACACAGCAAAAAUGGUCUCUGCAAUGGUUGCAAAAUCAAAGC